GGUCACGUGAUGUAAAUUUUUGUUGGGCAUGCGCGAUACUGCUGAAUUUUUCGUGAUUUUUGAACGGUGAGACGUUUUUUCGCGUAAUAAAACGUUUACGACGCGUUUAUUGUGUAUCUUUUUAAUCAUUUGAACAUUAAUGAGAACGUGAUUAUUGAAAAGUGCUUGUGAGUUAGUGUAAGGAAGUGUUUUUUAAUCAAAGGUCAUACAAAAAUGGAUAUGUCUGAUGUUGCGAAGUGAUGUUAUUUUCACUCCAAAUAUCUGUUUGGUUUCUUUGUUUUACGCGCGAUCGUGUUACCAGUCCGUUGGCUAAGUCCCUUAAAUUUUUCAUGCCACCUUUAAAAGUGUUAAGUGCUCAGUGACAAGUGCUUAGUGGUGACUUAUGAAAUGACAGCGGCUAAGACUGGAAUUGUACAGUGCCAUCUGGAUUUGACGGGAUAGGAUUACCUACUUGACAAUGGCGCAUUACCCCCAACCGGCCUCGCUCGAGGCCGCCCUGCCCUUCCUGACCAGGCCUGACCUCAGGCUGCGGCAGCAACUCGGCGAGCAACUGACCGCGCUAGUUCGACGGGAGCCGGAACUAACGCCGGACCUGGUCGACCAACUGGUCGACGCGUUAGUCGCGUGGUUGAAUGGAGGGAACUUCAAGGUGGCCCAGAAUGGCCUAGAAGUGCUGGCGGCGGUGGCCGAGCGCCUCGGACAUGAGUUCUCAAACAACGUGCCAACGGUUCUGCCUCAUAUUAUUGACAGACUAGCGGACACAAAAGAGGGUGUCCGUCAUAUGGCACGCGUGUGCAUAUCCUCGCUUGGAGACAGCAAAGCGGUCCCGCCCAGGGCUCUGCUGGCCAGGCUGACGCCCACGCUGCAGCACAAAGCACCGCACGCCAGGGAGGAGACGGUCAGGUGUAUACAGGCGUUACUUGACACACACGGCGUAGCAGAACUACAAUUACGCGGCGCCAUGCCCAGCUUGGCGGCGCUGGUGGGCGACCCCAACAGCGCCGUUAGAGAUGCGGCGAUGCAACUGUUGGUCGACGUGUACCGCCACGUGGGUGAAAGACUGAGACAAGACUUGAAGAAGAAGGAAUUAGUGCCGGCACAGAAGUUGGCUCUACUGGAACAGAAGUUUGACGAGGCGAGAGAGGCAGGCCUAUUGUUGCCUACAGCGACGCAGGGCCAGAGCGCCGAUGAACCUGACUUCAUAGCGAGGUCGGCCAAACGCACCAUGACCAUACCCACCUCCGCCAGGAGUCGGGACGGAGACUCGUCGGGGGCGUCCACGCCAGCAUGUGAACCAAAGAAAACUAUAGCGGGAUUGUACGGCAUGCCGCCGAGCAGGAAACCUCCGCCGCCGGCUAAACCCACAGCGGCCAGAAAUGUAUCGAGCGCCAUAGGAAGCACGGGUAGCGGCGGCGAAGCAGGUGCGGUGUCGUGCGAAGCGUUCGAAGCAGCUUUCGCCAGCACCGCACCGGCCGCGGUUUACGGGGCGAGAGGUCUGGACGACUUGUGUAGACACGCCGCCGCCUUACUGGGUGAUAGAAGCGCCGAUUGGGAGAAGAGAGUGGACGCGCUCAAAAAGAUCCGGUCUCUUCUAACGGCGAAUGCUCACAUACAAUACCCUACAGAGUUCGCGGCUAAUCUCAAAGAUUUGUCAGUGCCUUUCUUGGUCGUCAUCAAGGAUUUAAGGAGUCAGGUGGUGCGCGAGGCCUGUAUUACAAUAGCUCAUAUGGCCAAAGUCCUGAAGAACAAAUUGGAACAGUUCAGUCUUUACAUUCUUCAGGAGCUGAUAAAUUUGAUACAAAACGCCGCCAAAGUCGUAUCGUCAGCGGGUACGGUAUGCGUACGGUACAUAGUACUAUAUGUACAUUCGCCAAGGUUGGUGCCGGUGUUGGUCACCAACCUCACCACCAACAAGUCCAAAGAGAUCCGGUCUACGUUGAGUGAAGUCCUAGUGCUACUGCUGGAGAGGUGGUCUCCUUCGGCGAUAGAGAAACAGCAGCCGGUGGUGAGAGACGCAAUAAGAAAGGCGUGCGUGGACGCAGACAGCAACGCCAGGAAUUGCGCGAGGAAGGCAUACUGGGCGUACAAACGCCAUUUUCCAGAGGACGCCGAAGCGUUGUUCCAGAGGUUGGACAUCGGCGCUCAGAAGCAGAUAGAGCGAGAGAGGCAUAUCGGAAGCGUUGAUAGUUUACAUCACGUCGGAUCGGAAAGAAGAGUUAUCACUAGUCCCAGAAGCCCUUCGGCCAGUGUAUCAGCGGAGCGAGCGGUCGGCGGCGCGGCCCGCUCGGUGUCGUGCGUGGACCCGGCGGCUGCGCAGCGCGCGCGAGCGAGAGCGCUAUACUCCAACAUGUCUAGGGCCAAGAUGGCCGCCGGCACGGCUAGUUUACCUCGCGCGAAAAGGUCCCCGAGCAACGCCGGGGUGCCUCCCAGCCCUGAGAGAGUGGUCGGCAGGUCCAGAUCCAGACCGGGGGUGUCGCAAUCUCAACCCACUUCAAGGUCAUCGUCACCUUCCUCCAGAACCAGCGGUCCCUUGUCGCUGUCCAGCGCCAGGCGGAGGCCCUCGGGCAUUCCCAGGUCUCUGGCCGGGUCCAGGGAGACCAGCCCCACCAGAAGCGGUCGGUCAAGCAGCGUGGUGUCGGCAAUGCGGCGCAGGGAGUCGGCGGAGAGGGGCGCGGUGUCGAGAACACCGGCAGCCACUCUGCGGCUGCUGCAGCAGACCAGGGACGCCGAGGGGGCUCUGAGAAGUCCCGAAGACAGUUCAGGCUGCGAAGGUCUCCGCGGCAGAGACGACGACUCUGAAGCAUCCAGCGUUUGUUCAGAACGGAGUCUGGACUCUUACAGGAGGCAUGAUGGCAUGUCGUGGUCGGGCUCGCGGGGCUUCGAGUGCGGCUCGCCGCCGCCGCCGCCGCCGCCCGACGACAUCAUCGCGCUGUGCGCCUGCACCCACUGGACGGAGAGGAAGGACGGCCUCACGCACUUGGCCAAUUAUCUCAACAGCGGUCGACUCCUGACAGAUGAACAGCUGAAGAGAUUGACAGAACUGCUGAACAAGAUGUUUGUCGAUGCCCACACGAAGGUCUUCUCGCUGCUACUGGACGCUGUGUGCGAACUGUUGCUGGUCCAUUGGCAGCAGCUGAAAGAUUGGCUGUACCAGCUGAUGUUCAGAUUGUUAAUGAAACUUGGCACGGACAUUCUAGGCUCUGUGCAAAGCAAGAUAAUGAAGACUCUGGACGUGAUACACGAGUGUUUCCCUGCAGAACUACAGCUUCACAAUAUAUUCAGGUUCCUGGCAGAUGGCGCCACCGCUCCCACGGGGAAGACCAAAGUGGCCGCGCUCAGAUUCCUGGCGGAUUUAGCUCAUGACUACUGCACUCCGGCCAGUUUAUCUGCGGCUUUGCAUGGUGGCGCCACCGGCGUGGCGGGCAGGGCGCUGGCGAAAGUCUCUGUCCUGGCCGCCGACCCGCGCGCCGCCGACGUCAGGGUGGCCGCAAGGAGGGCGCUGGCUUGCUUGUACGACUGUAACCCCGUGCCGUUCACGGCGCUGAUGAGCGAACUUCCGCCGGAAACGCAGACUCUCGUCAAUGGUGUGGUCCAACAGCACGUGAGACGAACGUCCAGCACCGGUAGCGACAGCCCGCUGCGUACAGUCAGCAGCGCCAGCAACUCCGCCAACGCUGAGGACGUGUACUCCAGGAUACGGAAGACCACGACUGAGAUACACUCUUACACCAAGCAGCACUCCAAUGCCGAAUGCGGUAACCACAUGUCCAGCAAAGACUCCGGCAUCAGCCAGAUGUCUGACGUCACGUUGUCCAAUAGAGGUCACAAUGGCGUGCCGAACGGGCAUUAUAACAAUGAUGCAAUAGCGAGAGCCGCGUCUGCAGACAGCUCCGAGGAUGCUAACAGCACCAAAGAGUCUUCUCCUGUACCGGCGCAUCACCGCUUGGACCUGCCUCACGGGGACUACAAUCUCGGCCGUGACAAAGUUAAAUCGUAUGAAACGGAUGAGAAUGGAUUUAUUAUUACUAAAUCCGGCCUUCGCGAACAAGAAGUGUUGGACGCAUUGUGCAAACUGGACGUGUCACAGGCGCCCCCCGAGCAGUGGGAGAGCCUCCUGCUGGCCACCCACGAGCUGCUGAAGUACGGCGACUGCAGGAAGCCCAGGGAGUGCUUCAAAAAUAUAGUACGCGUGGCGCUAGCGGCGCUGACAAUAGAAGAGAAUUCCGGAGACAAAGAGAAUACUGAGAAUGCGGGCAACGCUCAGCAGCAGUCUUCUGGUUGGGGCACGGCCAACGAGCGCGCCGCCGCCGAAGCUGUCAAAGUCCUAAUAUGGCUGUGCCGGAGACCAGAGACAAGACCACAGUGGCUAGAUUACUUUGACCUCAUAUUACUGAAGCUGAUCAACGCGUACGGAGCUCUAAAUAAGGAGGUCAUGCGGGCGGUGGACGCGGGAAUGCCGCACAUAGCGCACGCGCUGCCCGCGCAACAGGUGCUGGCGCUGCUGAAGCCGGUGAUCCGCACGCGCGGCUACCCCACGUCGCUGUGCGCGCUCAAGCUGGCCUCGGAGGUGGCCAAGGCGCGCGGGGGGGAGCUCACCGACGAGACCGUGUCUCAGCUCAUGGAGGGAGUCGGGCAGUUGGCGGAUCAUCAGAACUCGGCGGUUCGUAAAGCGGCCGUAUUUUGUAUGGUCGCGUUCACGUUCGCAUUGGGAGAGGAGAGGAUGCAGCCUCACCUCAAACACCUCUCCGUCAGCAAGUAUCGGCUGUUACAGGUGUACAUCAGCAAGCAGCGCGAGGAAACUGGUGCGCGCGCGCACACGUAGCGGCGGCGGCGGCGCGCGCGCACGUGCUCGCGGCACACGCAGACCGGCGGGUAGGGGGGCAGGGA